UGUGGGUAGAAAAGCGUUUUGCACCACACCCAAACCAACCAGAAACGCAAACAAACAUUUAACGUAAACUGUGAAAAACAUUGCCAAAUUCAAUGCAAAAAUCGCUAGAUUUUGCACGCGAGGAUUCCCAGGAGCAUUUACCCAGUCCACACUCUCAUCAUACGGUUAUAAUGAAGCGGAGAACAUUGGCAGGCAGCUGUGGCGUUGGCGUCUUUAUAUUUGCCUUCGCCUUUAUAGCGAUUGCAUUUGCCACGCCCAGUUGGCUGGUGAGUGAUUAUCGCAUAACGGGCGCCAAACUGGACAGAUUGGGUUUAUGGGUGCACUGCUUCCGUUCACUGCCGGAUGUGAAUGACGAUAGUCAGCGUCGUUUCUUUGUCGGCUGUCGUUGGGUCUAUGAUCCAUUCACCAAGGGAUACGAUGAGAUUCGUGGAUUUCUGCUGCCCGCCUUUAUGAUAGCCACACAGUUCUUCUAUACAAUCACGUUUAUUGGCAUGCUGGUCAGUGCCAUUGGCGUGCUCGUCUUCUUCCUCUGCGCUGGACCGGAUCAGAAGCAUUUUAUACAUCUUAUACUCGGAUUGGGCUAUGUUUUACUGGGCUCUGGUGUCAGUGCUGCCAUUGCGGUGAUUGUGUUUGCCGGAUUUGGCAAUCGGAAUGGUUGGAUGCCGGAGCAUGCCAACAAUUGGUUUGGCUGGUCCUUCAUCCUCGCCUGUGUGGGAACCGUUCUCACACUGGUGGCAGCCACUUUAUUCCUCACCGAGGCGCAUGUCCAGCAUCGCAAGCGGUUGCAGUUUAAGGAGUCGCAGACACGCUUCGAACUGGUGCGGGGUUAACCCCCAGACCUCCAGUCUGAAGACUGCUCUUCAGUCUACAGUCUACAGUCUACACUCUACAGUCUACAAGCUUCUCCUCCAACAGGUGACAAUAAUCUUGGCACACCAGAGACAACACAUCAGAAACAUUCCGUCCCCACGACACUUUUCAAAGAAUCUACAAAGCAAUUCUCACCAUACAAUUAAAUAUAUAUAUAGUUUUAGUUGGCUUAAACCAGCCGCUAGUUGAAUGUUUAUGCAAUUCGCUUUCAAUUGCACCAAUCAUGCCGCACAAGAGACUUUUCAGUUGGUACUUAUGAAUCAUCCAUCCAUUUAAUUAACGAGGCAAAACUGUUCUACAGAAGACUGACUGAAUCUGCAAUGCUUCUUCUCAACAACAACAACUAUAACUACAACUAUAACAACAACAGCUCAAAUGAAUCAUUAUCGCGUGUAAUAUCAUUUUUUGCAUAUCAAAUUGCGCUCAAUUAACGCACAAUUUCCCAACCCGCUUCCUCUGAAAUUGUAUUUUUCACAUUUUUUGAAGUCGCAAGCGUUUAGAAAUAGCAGUGUUGCCAGUUUAGCUUAUUAUAAGCUAAAUCUAGCUUAUUUUUAAAUGUUAAAAAUAUGUUUAAUUUAAAGGAAAACACUAUUAUUCCAAAAUUUGUUGACUUUUUGGUAAUUUUCCUUUAAAGCAUUAUAUUAUGCACAAACUGGCAGCACUGCUGAGAAGUAGCAAUAAUUAGUUACACACGUGCCUUAAUUAAACAACUCUUUGUAAUAUUUAAUAGUGCCUUAAAAAACAAAGUAUUGUUAGUUUCUAAUACCUUUCAAAUUGUACGCUGCGACGACAAACCGAUUGGAUUGCAUAAACUUCUACUAAUCUAGUACCUUAGUUAAGAAUUGACAUAUCCAAAACUAUACAUCAAAACCUAGUUAAGCACAACGAAACGAUUAACGUCCAAUAUAUAAUUUAAGACAUUCCAUUUUUUUCGAAUAUUGUAUACAUUUAACACUCGUGUUUACCUGCUAAUAGUCGAGGUAGCGAAGAGCUCUAUAUAUCUCUUUAAAACUCUUGACCAACUUGUAACCCUCACAAUUUGACAAAUUUUUGUACCAUAUUCAAAAGGUAUUAAACUGUUUUACUAUAUUUACAAACAUCUAUUUACAUGUAACUUUUUUGUACAAACGACUUUUUAGCUAAAGCGCAAAAUAAUAAAGAUUUUUUUUGUAUACA